AUGGCCGGUACUCAUCAGCCCGAGCUUGUGAUCGGUGUUGACUUUGGCAUGUCCCAGACAGGCGUGGCAUACUGCACUACACCAUGGACAAAUCCUGUAACCUUUCAAAGUUGGACCACCAUUGCAGCUGAACUGUUCAAUAAGGCGCCAUCGCGGCUGGCAUAUAACCAUGGCACAGCGAACAUCAAGUCCUGGGGUUUUUUCGUGGAUGUCGCGGAUAGGGCGACCGACAUCAAAGAGUAUUUCAAGCUCCAUCUCGAUCCCGAAUAUAGAGAAUGGGAGCAUCUCUCUCACCAAGACGCAAGACGUUUUUAUCUGGAUUACAUGAGAUGUGUGCAUGAUCAUAUCGCCCGAUUUUUCCAGAGUCGAUAUCCUCAAUGGGCAACCAUGCGAGUCGAGUGGAACUUCAGCGUUCCCACGACUUGGAAGCAUGCUGGAAUGGUCCGUGAUCUCCUAGCGAUCCUUAAGCUCGCUGGAUUUGGAAGAGACGGCCAGUACCACUCGUCGGUGGUGACCUUGACUGAGGCUGAGGCAGCCGCGGUCUGUGUCGCGAAGCAAAUGUUGAAGCGUGACGACGUGAUCUUAGUGUGCGAUGCAGGCGGAGGUACAACGGACGUCAACAUCAUGAAAGUAAAGUCAGAGAUAGGAGAAGCGCUCAGGUUGGAACAAUUGCUUCAGGUCGAAGGGCGAGAGGUCGGCUCUGCUCUGAUCGACAUAAAAGUACAGCAGCAUCUUGCCAAACGAUUGGCCUUGGUCCAGGAUAUUUUGCAACCAGCAGAGACGGCCGAAAAAAUGAUGCUGGGUAGAUUCGAGAGAUUCAAGUGCAGUUUCGGGAGCCCAGGUAUGACUGUUCCAAAGUUGUAUCUGCCAGUGACUGGUCUGCCCACGGGCUUGGAUUACCCGCAGGCCGGGAUCAGAGACUCCCAUAUGGAAAUCGAUCAAGACACCAUUCAGCAUUUUUUCGACGAACAGGUUGAUGGCUUGAUUGAAUUGAUUGAAGAACAGUUGCAAGGACUGAAAAGGACACGCCCUGGGGAACAGGUCUCAUAUUUGAUCAUGUCUGGAGGCCUUUCAGCUUCUGAAUACAUUCAGAGCCGAAUCAAAACGCAUUUCGAGUCUGGAUCAGGAGCAGAAAUAUCGAAUGUGCGCGGCCUGCGAAUGCUGCUCGCCGAAAACUUACAGCUCGCCGUGGUCCAGGGACUCGUCAGUUAUCGAGCUCAAGAGAUAGGACAAGAUUGCGCACCGAUCGUGCAACGCUGCGCACCUGUUAGCUAUGGUGUCGUUGUCAAUCAAAAGUACAGCCAACAAAGACAUUAUGGUCAAAGGGUGGUUCGAGAUAGAAGAGACGGUCAGAGAUGGGCUGUGGACCAGAUUGAGUGGCUGAUCCGAAAAGGCGAUAAAAUCACCGACAACGGCAUCGAGAAGAUGUUCAAAGCAAAGUUGAGUCCUGCGCAGUACCGAAAGCCAUGGAAGGCUCAGUUCGUGGUGUCUACACGAUCCGCCGACGCCCUCCCAAAGAGUAUGGCUGAACGAGACCAUGUGAGGACGCUGUGCACCGUGUCCGUCAACCUCCAUCUGGUCGAGCGGCACGUGCGAAACAAGCACUGGUGGAAUUUUGGGGAGCGUUACGAGCUUGCCCAUUUCCGUGUGAAGCUCAUCCCUGGUCGUGCCGACUUGAAAUUCCGCCUGAUCAGCGGCGGUCGGCUAGUGAACAGUGAAGAUGAUCAAAUAAAAGUCGACUGGAGCAAUGGAUCCCACCGUCAAUCAACAACAAGCAACGAUGAUCUGGAUCAAUGGCACACAAUGUGA